AGAGAGAGAGAGAGAGAGAGAGAGAGAGAGAGAAAUCUCUGUGAUUGUUAUAUAUAAGGACACACCUUUGGGUGAACUCUCCUCCCUCAGCAAUAAAGCUAAAGGAGUGUCAGGGGUGUGGAUGCAUUCUGCUGGCUGACAGACAGGUGUCAGGAACCUGAAGUGACAGGUCAUAGGUGUGUGUGCGCGUGUUCUGUGGAGGUGAAGUUACAAAAAUGAGCAGAUAUUCGUAUCAGACCAAGACCACUACCUCCAGCCAGCUCCUCGAUGACAACAAGAGGAAGUCGAACCUGCUGAAGAACAACAGCUGGAUCAAAAGAGAUGUGGAGGAAGAGGAAGACAUUGACCGUGACCCAAACUUUGGCAGAUCUGUCCUGGGUCGUUACAGCACAUCUGAAACUGUAACCAGUGGCGACGGUGUGGAAACAAAAACCACUACUACCACUGUAAACAAAACAUCUUCUGUGAGCGCUCUUACAAAGAGAUUUAGUGGAAGCUAUGACGAGCCAAAGAGCAGCACCCUGCCUUCCAGUAGGACUUCAUCCUCCUACACUAGAAGCUCUUACUCAAGCCUGACUUCUCCCACGAGGACAACUUUCACUGAAGACCCAAAGACAAGCACAACUACUACUGUUACCAAGGAUGGAAAAACCACUGAGACCAUCACCAGCACCCAAACUCUCAGAUCUUCAAAAUCUCCCAAAACUGAAACCUUCAGUGAGCGAGUCUUGUCUUCAAGCAAAGGGUACACAAGCUACUCACCUACUAAAACAACAAAUGUGACUGAGACAACUGUUUCUAGCAACAGUGAUGCGGAGGACAAACUGUACGACACCCUCAUCCCAUCAUCCAUCAAGAACAGUAGCUCACCAACUGAAAGUAAAAGAACAGUCUACACAACUGAGGCUGUCACUAUAAAAAGUAGUGGUGACACCAAUGCUGAGAACAAACUCUACGACACACUCAUUCCCAAGUCCAUCACCGAUGAUGUCACAGACAGUAAAUCCACUGUGACCAGUACUGAGUGGGUGAGUGUGAAGAGCAGCCCUGACAUAGAUACAACUAGGACAUCAACAAGGACUUCAUCUACGGCUGAGGAUGCGCUGUACGACACCCUCCUGCCCAAAGGGAUCACAUCUCCCACCACUCACAGGACGUCAAGCAUCACACAGAGAGAGAUCCUGACUCUGGAGAGCAGCAGAGGAGAUCAGAGUUCAAUUCUAAGAUCCCCCUCCUCUACCAGCAGAAUCAGCAGCUACACUGUGGUCAGUGAUGACUCUCCCAUCACCCGCACCUCCAGCUACACCAUCAGCACCAAGCCCAGUGAGGAGUACAGCAGUGAAACCAAACGCUACUCUUACACCAAACCAGACUCCAGCUAUGAAUACAGUAGUAUCACCAGUCCUUCUUCGUACUCAUCAACGCAGUACAGGAGCAGCAGCAGGUCGGAUGACAUCAAUGGAGACUCUGUUUUUUCUAGAUCCUCCACCAAGAGUCUGUACUCUCCUCAGAGAACACUGACGGAGAAAGACCUGUGCAGCUACUGUCAUAAGCCCUUCAAUGGUGACGCCAAAAUGAUCCUGAAUGACUUAAACGUCAACUGCCAUGCUUUCUGCUUCAAAUGUGAGGUGUGUAACUGCACUCUGGGUCACCUGAAAGCUGGAGACAGCAUGUGGAUUUACAAACGCAUGGUGCACUGUGAGAACUGCUUUGAGGUCACCAGAGAGAAAUGGAGGCGCUGACUUCCUCACCAAUGCAGCACGAACAAUCAAAUAUAAAAUGACUAUCUGUAUUUUGGGUGACACUGAUUUUCCUACACGGGCUGACCAAUCUGAAUUUGGGUGUUUUGGCAAAUGUUGAUUAUAUCCUUUUCACAGGUGGUGAAUUAUACCUCUGUUAGUGCACCGUCUGCUAGGUGUGUUUCUGAUGUAUGGUGUGAUGAACAGACAGUGCAGUAGUUAGGGCCGGGGGCUUUUUCUGUGUGCAAUAAAGAUAAUCAGUCCAGAUUUGUUAGGUGUGUCUUUUUUAUGCUGUAGAGUUGUUUAUAACCUUCCUUUGUCAAAUAUUUCACUGCUGUGUUUGGAAAAUAUUAAGAUGGAGUAUUUCUAUAACCCAUGCAGCAUAUAUUGUUGGAAAGAAGGUUUUAAUAUUUCUAUGCAGUAGUGAGGUUUGGGGUUUGGAGUUUUUAUAGGGAUGUAUUUUUAGUACUUUAGCUUUAUGUAUUCCUGUGAUAAACUCAAGAAUAUAAAAACAAUACAGAAGGCCGAAUAUCAUUUUUGCAUCUUAUUUUAGAUUUUUGGAAACCUGGUAAGAGAUUGGCUGAAAAUAUUCAUUUUUAUAACUUAUUUGUAUCAACACACAAAAAAAAAAACAACAACAACCACGAAUCAAAUGAAAAGUCUCACUCUAGGACUCCUACGUCCAGAUGCAGUGAAACAUCUUCACAGUUAUACCACCACCCACUCACACCCACUGUCUCACUGUAGGGACAGUGUCCUAUGCGUUCUCUGCCUCGUCUUUUUCUUCCUCAAUCCUUGGUGAUAUGAUGACUAAUAAAGGUAACUGUAACAAAGAGAUGUUGCAAAUGA